CAGCUAGAGGCAGUCCUCACAGGGAUAUCGUCGCCGCCGCUGCCAAUCAUGUCUUUAAUCUUAUAGCACAUGGUCCACGGCGUCGCCGGUGUUGGUCCGUGAAGGCUUCGUCGGUGUGAUAAAGCUGCAUCGUUGUCUCCAACUCCCAGCCCCUUCCGCAUAAAGUCUUAUCCCAUUAAUCACACCAUUUCGGUCAGCACCAAUAGCAGGCUGAGCUCGCACGACGCUGCUUUGCACGCCCUCUUAUCGUAACCUGCAACACCUUCGCAUGACGUGUCUGCCUUGCCAUUGCCCCAAAUGAAGGGGAAUCGUCCCUCACAUCACGCCACAUCACAUCCGGAAAGGCUGAUCCCUCGCCAUGGCCCUAGUAAGGCUGCGUCAGCAUGGAGUACGGCUGAAACUCUUUCACACCGUCUUGCUGGCAAGCGGUCCAAUCGCGACCUCCUGCGAUGUGAUGCGAAGAAAGGGAGGCCUCCUCAUCUCCACAAACACGCGAUCGUCGCCUACGGCAUUUUUGUAAUUGGCCAAGACAGGGAGGCGAUGCCAAUAGCGUCAGAGAUCCUACAGGCAGCCCGGGAUUCCACAUCCACGGACAGGCGGAGGGCUGUGGCACACAGUGGGGGACGGGGUAGGGCAAGGGGACGCAUGCGUCGUCGUGGAGGAGGUUCGAAAAUUUCGAGGGAACUGCGUGUGACUGUCUCCGUUGAGGAAUCAGAGAGUAGUUGCAGCGAAGUUCAAUGUCGGAAUCGAGAGGGAACACGCCGAGCGGUGGUCAGCUCAGACGCUGCACGAAACGGCAGUACGGCCUCAGGAAGAGCCAUACGGGAGGGUACAAGACGCAGGAUCUUAACGAAAUGAGGGAAGAGGGCGCGACUGCGAGGGUUCGGCGAAAAUGAAGCCUGGAAAGGGGAGGGCGUGAAGUCAAGGGUACAAG